ACGAGCCAUUUCAUUGCGUUUAGCUGUCGUUUUAAUGUGCUAACACAUACGAAGGUGCUCUCUCUCUGUGUCUCUCACGCUAGGGUUUUCAGGCUCUGUAGCAAUGGCGGCGAGCGAAGAGCAGGGGUCGAACAAGGAGAAGGAAGGGGCCGACUUACUGGGCUCACCGACCUUCACGGAGCUCGAGAAUGGCCGCUUCAAGUGCGUGGAGACUGGCCACGAAAUGCUUGCCAAAGACAAAGAGUCCUAUUCUCAUUGCAAACGAUGCCGUUUGGGCCUCAUCGACUUCGCUUUGUCCCAUCACAAACCCCCUCUCAACAUGUUCAAGCAAGACCCUCUCUCCCGUUCAAAGUUAAUAUGCAAGCUGACAGGAGAUACAAUCAAUAAGUCCGAGGAACAUAUAUGGAAGCACAUCAAUGGCAAACGAUUCCUCAACAAACUAGAGGAAAAGGAAGCAGGAAAGAUAAUCUCCAAUGGAACAGUUGAAGAGCAGGGUGAGCAGAAGGUGCGAAAAGCCUCUACGACAGAUGGUUUGAAGAAGAAGAAGAAGAAGAAGAAGAAGAAGAAGGAGGAGGAGGAGGAGAAGGAGGAGGACAAGGACAAGGACAAGGACAAAGGAGUUGAUGAGAUUAUCUCCGAAGUUAGAAGUUUGUCUGAUGAGGGCAGUGAUUCAGAAGAAGGUGAUUUCUGGAAGCCUCCAGCAGGACAACGUUGGGAUUUUGAUGAUGGAGGAGAUCGAUGGGGUUCCGGUUCAGAUUCGGGGGAGGAGAGUGACGAGGAUGAUGGAAUGGAUGGUUUAGCUGAAGAGGGUGGAAAGGAGACAGAAGAGCUCUCUACACGGACAAAGAGAAUGUCCAGAGAAAUUGGACCCAGCAGUUUUGCUUCAAGGAAGAAGAAGAGUAAGAAGAAUGACACAGAUUAAUUUGCUCAACAGAUACUAUUGCCAGUAAGUAGGUUUGGUAAUAUGGAGAUUUCCCCCUCAAUGUCAAUUAAGUUUGUUCAGUAGAUUGUAUGAAACAAACAAGAUUGAGUUAUUUUCUAGUCUGAAGUUUUGUUGGUAAGCCAUCUAUCAAAUUUUGGACAUGAUUUUCUAAUCUGAAAA